GUGUGCGCCCUGGGCGCAAAGAGCAGCGCUGGCCCCGGACCCCCUAUGCAAGCGGCAGCAGCAGCCAGGGCUCAGUUUGCAGAGGGAACUGGGCUUCCCCUUGAGAGCCAGAGCAGCAGCCCCUGUGCCAGGGGCACCUCUGCCCCCCUGGUCCCAAGCUCCUGGGCCACCUCCACCUCGUCAGCUCCCCUUGCGACCCCGCAGUGGGGAGGUGCGGGGGCCUCGCGGCUUUGUGCUGAGUAAGAGGAAAGGGGGUGUGUGAGGAAAACCUUAUUCCCGCAAAAAUGCGGUUUGCUCUUUUCUUGUCCUGGUGCUGCUGCCUGCAUGGAUGCGCGCUAGGGACUGGCUUCCUCUAUCAAUUCCCAACAUCAACCCUGCAGCACAACUACCCAGAACAGAGCUCGGGCUCCCCGGGCAGCGGCUUCACCAGUCGCCGGCAUUGGUGUCACUAUACGGUUACUCGGACAGUUUCCUGCCAAGUGCAGAAUGGGUCAGAAACAGUGAUCCAGAGGGUCUAUCAAAGCUGCCGGUGGCCAGGACCUUGUGCCAAUUUAGUGAGUUACAGGACUCUUAUCAGGCCCACAUACAAAAUGUCCUACCGAACCGUGACCAUGCUGGAGUGGAAGUGCUGUCCUGGCUUCACAGGGAGCAACUGCGAAGAGGGUUCAUCUGGCCGGCAGCACCGUUACUUUCCCAAGCUGGACCAAUGCAUGAACUGCACAAGACUAGCGGAUAUGACUGAGAGGCUAAACACACUUGAGGCCAAGAUUCUCCUGCUUGAAGCUGCAGAGCGCAGCCCGCCUUUAGAAAACAACCUGCCAAUCACUGGAACCACGGCCACAUGGUAUGACGAUUUGCUGCCAGAUGCCUUUCCUCUGCUAAACCCUGGGACUGUCUUGAGGAAAACGGUGGGAUCUGUUGAGCCUAAAGGACGCAGAGGUGCAGAGGAACAGCUAAUACCACAGGGCCUGCCAGGACAGGUGGGGCCUCCAGGCCCAGUUGGACCAACCGGUCUCCCAGGACCGCCAGGGCCAAAAGGCGAGAAGGGUCAACCCGGUGAGAGAGGCCCGGCAGGGCCACCAGGACUGCUGGGACCUCAAGGACCAAGAGGACUUCCAGGAGAAACCGGGAUCCCAGGUCCCCCAGGUCCUCCAGGGCCACCGGCCACCCCAAGCCUCCCUCUUACCUUCCAGCAAGGGGUUCUCUACUCGCUCCAGCCUACAGCUGAAAAAGAAAAUGGAGAACCUCAGCUGGCUUCCACCGUUAUAGACACCAUCAUGGCUGGCUUGCCAGGACCACGGGGAGCCCCCGGCCCAGUUGGGCCACCAGGGCCACCAGGUGCAUCAGGACCCAAAGGGCCACCGGGACCUAUCGGAGCCCCUGGAUUGCAAGGCUUACCAGGCUCUCCAGGACAACCCGGCCCAAAAGGUUCCAAAGGAGACCGAGGAGAGAGGGGGCAAGCAGGUCUGACUGGAGAGAGGGGCAUUAAGGGAUUUCCUGGUGAACCAGGCAAGAAGGGUGAGGAUGGUGAUAAAGGCGCUGAUGGAGAAGGUGUUCAACAGCUUCGAGAAGCUCUGAAGAUUUUGGCUGAGAGGGUAUUAAUUCUUGAGCACAUGAUAGGAAUUCAUGACUCUUUAUCUUCCAUUGAGCCAGGCUCCGGACAAGAUGUGAUCCCAGGCUCCCCGCUGCGAACCAGCAUCAAGAUCAAACGUGGAGGACCUCAGCAGCCACAGCCCUACCAGAUCCUCUCUUCGCUGCUGGAUGACAGUGAAGCCAGAAGGAAAAGCAGUCGGAUGAAGUAGGAGUGUCUACGUGUUCUCCCAGCCCGUCCACCAGUUAAAGAUACAGUAUCCUAGUGCUUAAUUGCAGAGUGCAAAUGAAGUGGGUAGGAGGCUGCAGCGUUGGCAGUCGGGUUUCCUUACCUGAUCAAUACUAAGCCCUUAUUGCAGGGAAUAUCUUAUCCAUAGCUCAGAGAGGGUCUUACAAACAUUUUUCUUUUUGUUAUUUUUUUGUCUUUGGAGUACCACAUGGCAGGUAACCUCAGAAGCUGUCUACAGAAGUGACACCUCCUGACUGUGCCCAAGAGUUUAAUCCUCCGCUUGCUUCCUCAGCUCUAACAAGUUACUCAGUUAGAGCACUGCUUACCUGACUGAGACAGUCAAUCCCAUCAAGAUUCAAAGCUGAGCCUUAGCCUUUUCCAUUGCUGUAGUUGGCUGGCAUCUGCUUUUAUUUCAUGUGGUGUUGUCAUACUGACUUCUAGUUGAAGUUGCUACUUUCAUAGGCCUCUAAAGCAUUCUCACUUGCAAGGAUUUAUCUUAAGCAAAGAACAGAUUGAGAAAUUGAAAGAUCAUUUAAAAUAGUUACUCUGAAAAUUCAGUUUACUCUUGGGACAUGAGCAUCAAAGUCUAGGCUUUGCAUAUUGUUGAUUGCAUGUGAAAGACAUUAUUUCUGUCUGUGGUUAGCUGAGCAAGGACCUCUGAUGCACAUCAUGGCAUACAUUGACUUUCUAUCUAUAUUCAGAUGAUAUUAGAAUCAUUUCUGUGAAAAUUUAUAGCGGUAUGUAUCAGAUAUGAUGGGAUUGCACAAGAAUAUUCUCAUACUGUGUUCAGUUUGUGCAUACAUCCAGAAAAAACAUAAUUUAAGUACUGGCAAUAAAUACUCACAGAAAAGGAUGUUUUUCAAUAGUUUCUUAAUUCUAGAUCAAUAGGGAAAAUUAUUAUUUUGACACUGUUUUGUUUUAUGUUGAGGGUAGACGCUAGGCAUUUGAAUCUUGAGACAGUGUAGUGGGAAGCCACAAUCUAAGGGAUUAGAGUCUUGUCAGCAGCUUAUCUUGCACUAAGGAGCUAAAUACAAAGUCAUUUUACUUUUUGCUUUUUACUGCUAUUUUGGGGAGAGGCCCAGUUUCCACGUUUAAGAGGUUGAACCUGCCCUUUGGUGACACAUGAAUCAUACCUGCUGUGCAAACCAAAUUGGACAAGUUGAUGUCAUUCAUGUAGACAAUGAAUUUUGUUAGAAAGGGUAAGAAUAAUGAACUGAUGGUGCUAUUUUUAUUUAAAUAUAUAUACUUUUUACUGUUCUGUCAGGUUUUCAAAUCCAGCCCAGGAGAAAAGUGAGCAAAUUGUCUUUGUCAUUUUAUGGCGUAAGUAACAUAAAUUGGUCACAUCAUACCUAGUGCAAGAUAGAGCUCUCUGAAAAAGACAAUGUGUACUCCUACAAGUACUUCUGACAAAAGCUGUGGCAAAGACCAACAACUAUAUGGUCCAUGUAUUCAGGAACCCUCAUCACCCAGCAUAAUGUUCCAGAGGGAAAGGGAAGCAUGUGGGAAGCCGCUGGAAACGUGGCUUAAAAUGCAGGAGCUCUGCCCGCCGCUGUCAGCCACACAUCACAUUAGCUUUCUGGAUACAUUGUGAACAUGGCAGACCAACAGAGACAUCAGAACAUCCAAAUCUAUCAUCUGAAGAGCAUUAUAUUUUCAGAAAUAAACAAGUUAAAAGCUACUUCAGAAUGACUAAAUUCACCAUAUGCAUUCAUUCGGACCUGUUCUUUAGAAGUCCAACCAUCUCCCCCAAAACAGGUGAAAUACUCUAAGUUAAUGUCAAGCAAGCAGCAGAGAGUGUUGUCCUCAUGGAGAAGCUUUUUACUGCUUGUACAGCUAAAUAAAAAACAGCCUUAGUUUAAACCGGCUUGAAGGCUUUGAAGUAAAUGCAUUUACUUGCCGUGCUUUCGAAUCCCAGCGUUGCUUGGCUAAUGCCAGUGGUGGGAUGUCAUUCUGUAGUCAGCCCACGUAGUUCAGCUUGUACUUCCAUAUGCUCAAGUUUGCCUUUAGAUAAGUCACAGAAACAAGCCCAAAGCAUUACAAAAGUUUUGGGAAUUGAAGGCAAGAUACAAUCAGGUACUCGCUUUUUCCAAGCCUCCAACAGUUAAAGUGAAUGUAAAAUUUUGCCAAGAGUUUAUGCUUCAGGCUCCAGCAUGCCUCUGUUUACCUGUACUCUGAAUUAUAGCUGGAUGGUGAUAUAUUCAGAAGACCAGAAAACAAGUGGGGGUUUUGCUUCAGAGAAAGUAAAACUGCCUGAGUCAAGCAGGUUAUGACUUAGUGCAGGGGUCCUGUAUUGGUAAUCCUUAUGGGACAUGAAAUAAGGUCUUUGAAUGUAUCUUAGUUUCAAAUCCAAUGCUAACUCUAAAUCCUGUGUUUAUGCACAUAAAUGAUGCUGAAUUAAAUCAGUGCCUUAAAGAAGGUUGGCAACCAGCUCUCAGUCUAAAAAGAGUUGCAAACAGCUCAACUUUGCAACACCUGAUGAAUGACUAAAGUGCUGUGAAGCAGCCUGCUGCCUUCCAUUCACUGCCUUGCGGGCAGUAGUUUAAAGGGAAUUGAGAGCAUCACUUCUGUUGAUGGACAGCUAAGGCCACAGUGCAGCCACUGAUUUAUUCUUGGGAUAAUCUUUCCCUUUGAGAAUUAAACACACAAAAGCAUGCCUCUCCAUUUAUAGGUUGAUUGCCACGUGGGAAUUAGAAGAAAUACUUGAUUACCUCUUUGUUGAAUAGAGACUGUCUUGGUCUUGAUCUUACAGAUAUUACAAGACAUAUUUGGUGACUUCAAGGCAAUAACCCUUUAUGCCAACUCGUAGGUACUGGAAAACUGGGCCCUGAACACUGAGGAGACAUCACUGUUUAAUCUAAAAGUAUAUGUUCAGCAGGUUAGUGCAAGCUAGUGUUUCUCUCCUCCUUAAGAAAGUUUUUUCGUGGCAGUUUCAGGAACUAAACAAAUGCAGUCUUUAAAAGGGAAAACCUUAAAAUUUUGUUUCAGUGGUCCUGUAGCUACAGAUAUGAAUUUGGGGAAGAUGGAGUACAAUGGUACCAUUUUCACUUUUUUUGGAGCCUUCACACUGAAUUAAAAGAGAAAUUUCUCUUUCUCCAAGUUUCCCUUCACAAAUUCAAAACUAUUGCAUUAGCUUGAUGCUCUCUUCAAUUCAUUCACAUUUGACUAGGAUUUGGGAUUUUAAAUUGAGUUACUUAAAUUGCUGGCAAGAUGAAAGGAAAUUUAAUGGCAGUUGUUUGCAAUUAAUCCUGCCAAACUGAUUGUCAAACGACUGGUUAGGCUCAGGCUGCAACAAUUCUAAUUAUGGACUUCUCUGGAUUCCUAUAAUGAGCUAUGUAAUUGUUUGCUCCCCACACUUCUUGCUUUAUUUAGGUACAUCACUCUUUUAAUGUGGUACUGUAUCUUUAAUUUGGGUGCUAGCAGGAUUAUACCAAAUGGACUUUCUCUGUCAGCUGGGGUUUCAUUCCUCACUACUUACACAACAGUCGGACCACACUGUUGUGCAGUUCCAGUUUAAAUAUGCUUUAAAGGUGAACACAGCCUCACACGCUGACAAUUAAUGAUAUUCAUGACUAAGCAAACCACUCCAACCACAUUUUCCAUCUUAGGCAGGAUACUAAGAUUCAUUUUAGCCAGGGCAUAUAUGCAUUUUGCCAUGUCUAUGUAACUUAGAGUGGAUUUAUUUUCAACGCGUGCUCAUUUAGAAAUAUAUUUUGAAAUGUUUAGUGCUUUAUCUUACAUGCAUACUGUGCAAUACCAUAGUGUGUUCUUUUACUUUUUUUUUUUUUUUUAAAGACUUCUUUGAAAUUCUUAAUGUUUCUUUGCGCUCCAAUAUGUUUUUGACUUGGAUGGGUUCUGGUAGUAGUAAUGCAUUUUCCUUGCCUUGAGCUAACCAGAAGCAGCAACAGCAUAUUGCACAACUUAAAAUCUUUGUAGUUUGUGCACCCUGAUGUUCACCAGCAAUCUGGUACUCCUGGGAGGCGGAGAAUGCUUCUCUCCAGAGUAUCCAAUUUGCACUUACUGUAAAGAAUUGAUAGAAACCCAGGGAAACAGGAAUAAACUAGAGAGAAAAGCCCUCAUCUGCUCCCACCACACUCCAUAGUAAUCUUGCCAUCCACUUUAAUAGGAGCAGGGACAGGCCAUAAAAAUCAGAUCCAAGUCUUCAGCUAGGAGGGGCUGGUCCUGCUUGCGGUGGCGUAGACCCUACGGCUCACAAGCUUUCUGAAACUUUGGCUCUGGGAUUCUGGUUCAGUCCCAGUCUCUGCAACAAACUGUUUCAAUGCAGGAACCAAACCACUGUGACAAGGCUUCCAAAAGACCACCAGCUUCUGGAAUUGCUUCUCAAUACAAUUUAUGGGAAAUUCGCUCUGUUUCACAAUAGCAGCCUCUGUGUUAUUAUUGUUACAUUCCAUUCGGGUGUUUGAUGCUAUAGAGGUUUAAACUACUUGCAGUUUCUGUGAUUGCUUUGAAAUCAAGCAAUUCUAAGGUGCUAUAAUUGUCCACAGAGCAAAUUCCCAACCACAGAAGGAGAUGUUAACUUUUUCACUAGUUACUUUACACAGUAUUUUUUAUUUAUAUCAGUGUGUUUCGUAUGUGUGCAAAUGGUCCCAGCGUCUCUCAUUGUAAUAAGCUUAUACAACCUCUUCCAGGGCAGCCAUACACAGUAUCUUGUGAUCACAUGUAAUUUCUUAACUUAGAACAAGAAUAAAUCUCUUCUGACAUGACAAACUCAUUUAUGGCAGGCUCUAAUGUUUGUUGUCAGACUUCACCAGUGGAGAAAAAAACACAACCUGUUUGUUCCACCUCUUGCAUGGUUACUUAUCUGUUUUCAUAGUGCUAUGUUAUUGUUCAAGGUAUCUAUUUCUCUUUAUUUGCUAUGGGUUUUGUUACUGUAUAUGGAAUGUUUUGUAUUCAGCAUUUUCUUACAGAGCAGAGUGGGAGCAGUAUUCAAGAACCCACAAAUACCAAAGACCUUUCAUGUAAUGCACUGAGAAAUAAACUUACUGUAAAUGAA